AUGCCGGCCGAGGGGGCCCGGGAGAAGGUCUGUCGGGAUUAUCAGUCAUCCCUGGAAGACCUGACCUUCAAUAGCAAACCGCACACCAAUAUGCUGACCAUUCUAGCCGAGGAGAACCAGCCCUUCGCCAAGGAGAUCUUCUCUCUCAUCGAGGCCCAAACCGCCAAGGCUCCUUCCUCAGAGAAGCUUCCUGUUAUGUACCUUAUGGAUUCUAGCGUGAAAAUCGUUGGACGAGAGUAUCUCAUUGCCUUCACUACAAAUCUAGUUGCAACGUUUAUUUGUGUGUUUGAAAAGGUGGAUGAAAAUACUAGAACGUUAUCUAAAUUACGUUCCACAUGGGAUGAGAUAUUCCCAUUGAAGAAACUUUAUGCCCUGGAUGUCAGAGUCAAUUCAUUAGAUCCUGCUUGGCCUAUUAAACCUCUACCCCCCAAUGUGAAUACAUCUAGCAUCCAUGUGAAUCCUAAAUUUUUAAAUAAAUCGGUAAGUAUUCCUUUGCAGCCAGAAAAAAGCCGUGCAGGUCCAUCCUUACAAAUUCAGGACUUGAAAGUAACAAACCAGGAUCCCCAUCUUAAUAGGAUAAGUCAGCAUUCUUAUGGAAAAGAUCAAAGUCACAGAAAAGAAUUCCUAAUGAAUACAUUAAACCAAUCUGAUAUUAAGACAAGUAAAACUAUACCUUCUGAAAAACAAAAUUCAUCCAAACGAAAAUCAGGUGAAAAAAUAACCAAGAAAGAACUUGGCCAGUUAGAUUCUAAAUCUAAAUCUAAAUCACCUUUGAAAAACAAAUUCUCUCACACAAAAGACUUGAAAAAUCAAGAAUCUGAAUGCCCAAGGGUGUCUGACAUGAGUAGGAGAGAUCCAAGAUUUAAAAAACAUGUUCAAGAUAAGACUGAUAGCAAAGAUGAUAAUAUAAAAGAGAAGAGAAAAACUUCAGAAAAAAAAGAUAAAGAUGAGCAUAUGAAAUCAUCUGAACAUAGACUGGUUGGAAGUCAAAAUAAAAUCAUUAAUGGCAUUGUACAAAAACAAGAUGUAGUAACGGAAGACUCAGAAAAACAGGGAACAAAACCAGGGAGAUCAAGUACUAGAAAGCGAUCAAGAUCGAGAUCACCCAAGUCUCGAUUUGAUAAUCCCAGAGGUCAGCCUGUAAGUGGACAUAGAUUUGAGGGGGGUCAUGGUCCAUCAGGAGCUGCAAUUAGGUUUGAUGGACCUCAUGGUCAGCCAGCAGGUGGGAUCAGAUUUGAGGGCCCUUUGCUACAGCAGGGAAUUGGAAUGAGGUUUGAGGGCCCCCAUGGCCAGUCAGUAACUGGUCUGAGGUUUGAAGGACAACAUAAUCAACUUGGUGGAAACCUUAGGUUUGAGGGUCCACAUGGUCAACCAGGGGUUGGGAUCAGGUUUGAGGGACCCUUAGUCCAACAAGGAGGUGGAAUGAGGUUUGAGGGUCCUGUACCAGGAGGUGGACUGAGAAUUGAAGGGCCUCUGGGUCAAGGUGGUCCAAGAUUUGAAGGUUGUCAUGCUUUAAGGUUUGAUGGGCAGCCAGGUCAGCCAUCACUCUUACCAAGAUUUGAUGGAUUACAUGGUCAACCAGGUCCUAGAUUUGAAAGAACUGGUCAACCAGGCCCACAGAGAUUUGAUGGACCACCCGGACAGCAGGUUCAACCAAGAUUUCAUGGUGUUCCUCAAAGAUUUGAUGGUCCACAACAUCAGCAAGCAACAAGGUUUGAUAUUCCCCUUGGUCUUCAAGGCGCACAAUUUGACAAUCAUCCUUCACAGAGGCUUGAAUCCGUUUCUUUUGGUCAGACUGGUCCAUAUAAUGAGCUCCCUGGCAAUGCUUUUAAUGCCCCAUCCCAAGGACUGCAAUUCCAAAGACACGAACAAAUAUUUGAUUCACCUCAAGGACCAAAUUUUAAUGGACCACAUGGACCUGGGAACCAGAGUUUCUCAAAUCCCCUUAGCAGAGCUUCUGGACACUAUUUUGAUGAAAAGAAUCUUCAAAGUUCUCAAUUUGGAAACUUUGGCAAUUUACCUGCUCCAAUAACAGUAGGAAACAUUCAGGCAUCUCAACAGGUUCUGACUGGUGUUCCUCAACCAGUACCAUUUGGCCAGGGACAAUUUUUACCAGUUCACCCACAAAAUCCUGGAGCAUUUGUUCAGAAUCCUUCAGGAGCCCUUCCUAAGGCAUAUCCUGAUAAUCACCUCAGUCAGGUGGAUGUAAAUGAAUUAUUUUCAAAACUGCUAAAAACAGGAAUUCUCAAAUUGUCCCAGCCUGAUUCAGCUACAACACAAGUAAAUGAAGUUGCUGCUCAGCCUCCCACUGAAGAGGAGGAAGAUCAAAAUGAAGAUCAAGAUGUUCCAGAUCUUAACAAUUUUACAAUUGAAGAGUUAAAACGUUAUGAUAGUAUUAUAAAUCAACUGUACACUGGUAUUCAGUGUUACUCUUGUGGAAUGAGGUUUACAACAUCACAGACAGAUGUUUAUGCAGAUCACCUGGACUGGCAUUAUUGGCAAAAUAGAACUGAAAAAGACAUUAGCAGAAAAGUCACGCAUAGAUGUUGGUACUACAGUUUAACAGACUGGAUAGAAUUUGAGGAAAUAGCUGAUGUGGAAGAACAUGCAAAGAGCCAGUUUUUUGAAAAGGUGCAUGAAGAAGUUGUGCUCAAAACUCAGGAAGCUGCUAAAGAUGCUGAUUGUAUGGUGAUCUGUUAG